AUGGCGCAAAGAAAAGCGCCAAGGGCGGAAGCUAAGCCUAACAAUGGUUCUACAGAAACGCAGGGUAUGGAUCCGCUUUUUGGACAAAGCAGAGCGUUCGCACUUGAAGGCGCUAUGGUGAACCCAGAGGUUAGAAAAUACCUUAAGACUGUGCGAUCCCAAGCGCUCAGCACUCUAGGCGCGGAUCCAGGAGUUUCCGCUCGGAAGGGGCUACGAAGAAACAACAACAAUGAUAUGUACGAUGAAGAACCUGUUGUCCAUCAAGAUCUUUUGCGCUUCGAUAAACACAAGUCACAAUGGCUAGAAUGGUUUGACGACUUGAAAUCUUCGGCUCAAAGCUUCGAUUAUGGAACAGAGGGCUAUGAACCUGAGACGCUGGAUCUACUUCUUUUUUACUUCAAGCAAUACCUUCAAGGUUUGAAAAAUACUGCUUCUGGCGAAGAUGAGACCCUGGACAUAAUUCUAGGUGUGCUAAAGGAUCACGAAACAUCAACUCAAGACGCGUCACUAGAUAUUGAUGAAGAAUGGGCUAGCAAUCUGCUGCGACAGCUCAGGACCAACAAACAAAAAAAAGUUGAGACAGUUGCAGAUUUGAAGCGAUUUAUCACAGAGCCUUCUACUUUGCCUAAAAACUUCAAUGCCUGGCAUUACUUCGUUACGAAGACAGAGCCUUCGCGUGCUCUUCUUGAAAAGAUGCCUCCCGAAGAGGUUUUCAGGUUAGCAAGUUACUUUGUACAGUGGCUGGCUGACAUUCCAAAGGGGAAAAAUGCUACCAGAUUGAGCGCAUGGGCGUUUUACGUCCUGCUGUUUCUACAAGACCAGCUGCCUGCGCAAGAAGUUAGUGUGUUGAGGGAUCUAGGCAAGAAGGCACGGCAUUUGAAGCUAAGAAGUCUCUCCUCCGGGAACUCCCUGCCCAAUAUACAGGCGCCGUACGAUAUCAUCGGAACAAAAGAUAGUCCUAACACUUUCUCUGCUAUUGAUCUGACCCUUGUCGUGGUGGCAUGCAAAUAUGGCCAGCUUGAUCUCAUUGACUGGACUGAGUCCAGGGUUUGA